AGCAUCUCGGUCAACACCCGUUACCUAAAUCUCCAAGAAAACCAAAUCCAAGUGAUCCGCACGGAUACUUUCAAACACCUCCGGCAUUUGGAAAUUUUACAAUUAAGUCGGAAUUUAGUCCGGAAAGUGGAGGUGGGGGCUUUCAACGGCCUCCCCAACCUCAACACCUUGGAGCUCUUCGACAACCGCCCCAGCGGGGCCUUCGAGUACCUCUCCAAGCUGCGCGAGCUGUGGUUGCGCAACAACCCCAUCGAGAGCAUCCCCUCCUACGCCUUCAACCGCGUCCCCUCCCUCCGCCGCCUGGACCUGGGCGAGCUCAAGCGCCUGGAGUACAUCUCGGAGGCGGCUUUCGAAGGCUUGGUGAACUUACGGUAUUUGAAUUUGGGGAUGUGCAACCUGAAGGAGAUCCCCAACUUGACGGCGUUGGUACGGUUGGAAGAGCUGGAGCUUUCGGGGAAUCGGUUGGGGCGAGUCCGUCCCGGUUCUUUCCAAGGGUUGGGAAGUUUGAGGAAAUUGUGGUUGAUGCACGCCCGGGUGGCGGCGGUGGAACGCAACGCCUUCGAUGACCUCAAAGCGUUGGAAGAGCUGAAUUUGGCUCCCAACGAGCUGGCCUCCCUCCCCCACGACCUCUUCGCUCCUUUGCACCGCCUGGAGCGGGUUCCCCUCCACCACAACCCCUGGCGCUGCGACUGCGACGUCCUCUGGUUGAGUUGGUGGUUGAGGGAGACGGUGCCCAGUAACACCAGUUGUUGCGCCCGGUGCCACGCUCCGCCGGCGUUACGCGGGCGAUACUUGGGCGAGCUAGAACCGGGGCAUUUCACUUGCUACGCCCCCGUGAUAACCCCCGCCGAUCUGAACGUUACCGAAGUGAUGGCGGCCGAACUCAAGUGCCGAACCGGGACGGCCAUGACCUCGGUCAACUGGUUGACGCCCAACGGGACGCUGAUGACCCACGGUUCGUACCGGGUGAGGAUUUCCGUCCUUCACGACGGCACGCUUAAUUUUACCAACGUCACCGUGCAGGACACGGGGCAGUACACC